AUGGAGCAGCUGAAGACAAUUGGACGGGAGCUCGCAAUGAGCUCCCAAGGCGGUUUCGGGCAGUCCAAAGAGUUUCUUGACCUCAUCAAAUCCAUCGGCGAGACCCGAUCCAAGGCCGAGGAGGACCGCAUUGUUUUGCGCGAAAUAGAUACCCUCAAAGCCCGAUUAUCCAGCCCCAAUACUCCGAAAUUCAAACUCAAGGAGUAUCUAAUGCGUCUAAUUUAUGUUGAGAUGCUGGGCCACGACGCCUCGUUUGGAUAUAUUCAUGCUGUUAAAAUGACCCAUGAUGAGAGUUUGUCGUUGAAGAGGACUGGUUAUUUGGCGGUGACUUUGUUUCUGAAUGAGGAUCACGAUUUGAUAAUUUUGAUUGUGAAUACGAUACAGAAGGAUUUGAGGAGCGAUAAUUAUUUGGUGGUUUGUGCGGCUCUUAAUGCCGUGUGUAGGUUGAUUAAUGAGGAGACAAUACCUGCUGUGUUGCCGCAGGUUGUCGAGCUCUUGGGGCAUCAGAAAGAGGCAGUGAGGAAGAAGGCAGUGAUGGCUCUCCACAGGUUUUAUCAGAGGGCACCGGGGUCGGUCUCCCAUCUCAUUUCCAAUUUCCGUAAGAGGCUUUGUGACAAUGAUCCGGGUGUUAUGGCUGCAACUCUUUGCCCUCUUUUUGACCUUAUUACGAUUGAUGUUAAUUCUUACAAGGAUUUGGCGGUUAGUUUUGUCAACAUUCUUAAGCAAAUAGCUGAACGCAGACUGCCAAAGAGUUAUGAUUAUCACCAGAUGCCUGCUCCAUUUAUUCAGAUCAAGUUAUUGAAGAUUCUAUCACUAUUGGGUAAUGGAGACAAAAAGUCCAGUGAACAAAUGUAUACCAUUUUAGGCGACAUAAUGAGAAAAUGUGAUGCGGAUAGUAAUAUUGGGAAUGCUGUUCUUUAUGAGUGCAUAUGCUGUGUUUCCUCAAUACAUCCCAACCCGAAGUUACUUGAAUCUGCCGCAGACACCAUUUCAAAAUUUUUGAAGAGUGAUAGUCACAAUUUAAAAUAUCUUGGAAUUGAUGCUCUUGGUCGGUUGAUAAGGAUAAGCCCAGAAAUUGCAGAACAGCACCAACUGGCGGUCAUUGAUUGCUUAGAGGACCCAGAUGAUACCCUGAAGCGCAAGACAUUUGAUCUGCUUUAUAAAAUGACAAAGUCAUCAAAUGUAGAAGUCAUAGUUGAUCGUAUGAUCGAUUACAUGAUAAGCAUCAAUGAUCAUCAUUACAGAACUGAAAUAGCGUCGAGAUGUGUUGAACUUGCAGAGCAAUUUGCACCAAGCAAUCAGUGGUUUAUACAGACCAUGAAUAAGGUUUUUGAGCAUGCGGGGGACCUAGUGAAUACUAAAGUUGCACAUAACUUGAUGCGGUUGAUUGCUGAGGGAUUUGGAGAGGAUGAUGAUACUGCAGAUAGUCAGCUCAGAUCAUCUGCUGUGGAGUCAUAUCUUCGAAUUAUUGGUGAGCCAAAACUUCCGUCUACCUUUCUUCAAGUCAUUUGCUGGGUCCUGGGGGAAUAUGGAACUGCAGAUGGGAAGUAUUCUGCCUCAUAUAUCACUGGGAAGUUAUGUGAUGUGGCUGAGGCACAUUCAACUGAUGACACUGUCAAAGCAUAUGCGGUAACAGCACUCCUGAAGAUAUAUUCGUUUGAAAUAACAGCUGGGAGAAAAGUGGACACGCUACCUGAGUGUCAAUCCUUGAUUGAAGAAUUAUUGGCCUCCAACUCAACAGAUUUACAGCAGCGUGCUUAUGAACUUCAAGCAGUCAUUUGCUUGGAUGCUCAUGCAGUUGAGAACAUUAUGCCAAUGGAUGCAAAUUGUGAAGACAUUGAGAUUGACAACAACCUUUCAUUUCUUGGUGCUUAUGUCCAAGAAUCACUGGAAAAGGGAGCUCAGCCAUAUAUUCCGGAGGAUGGACGCUCCGAAUUGUCAAACAUUAGUAACUUCAGAAGCCAAGAUCAUGAAUCUUCAACACACGCUCUUAGGUUUGAAGCCUACGAGCUUCCUAAAUCCUCAGUACCACCAAAAGUUCCUUCAGUACUGUCAUCCUCAGCUGAACUUGUUCCCAUACCUCAGCCAUCUUAUGUUGCAGAAGUCCACCAACCUGCUACAUCUGCCCUAAAGGUCUCUGGUUCAGGCUCAUCAGAACUCAAGUUACGACUAGAUGGUGUUCAAAAGAAAUGGGGCCGUCCUGCUUUCUCCUCUACCACACCAUCUCCUUCAAGCAGUGAUAACUUUGGAAGUAAUAAUGGGACAACUCAACACGAGUCAAUAAGCAGUACAAAGUUGAAAGUGCACGAUGUCUCUUAUGAUUCAAGGAAGCAGCAACCUGAGGUUUCAUCAGAAAAGAAAAAAUUGGCUGCUUCUCUUUUCGGAGGAGCAUCAAAAUCUGACAGAAAACAAUCUUAUUCUGGCCAGAAGGUUUCAAAGACUAACAGUCAUGCUGCAGACAAGUCUAAUAUAACAGAGGCUACUAGUUCGUCUGAUAUUGCUGCUGUAAAAGCAACAUCCCAACCACCUCCAGACUUGCUAGACUUGGGUGAACCAACUGUUACUAGUAGUGCACCGUCUGUAGAUCCUUUCAAGCAAUUGGAAGGUCUUCUGGAUCUAACACAAGACACGACCAAUCUAAGUUCCAGCGAAGUUAGCAUGCCUAAUGCACCUGAUCUUAUGUCUAUCUAUGCAGACAUGUCUUCUAGUAGCCAGAGUACUACUGUUGCCCCACCUCCAAAUGUGACCAAAACACAUCUGGCAAAACAACCAAGCAAGGGACCAAAUGUUCAAGAAUUUUUGGAGAAGGAUGCACUUGUAAGGCAAGUGGGUGUGACCCCAUCUGGUCAGAAUCCCAACUUAUUCAAGGAUUUGCUCGGCUAG